GUGACAUUUCCGCCAUUCAACCCAUAUAAAUAAGUUAAGACACCGUAUUUUGUAUUUUGAUAAUUCUAUCGUAGAAAAAUGUUUUCGGAUCUAGUAAAAUAUUUAGUACUCUUUACUUUUCUGUUGUUUGUCGCUAGUGACAAUAUCGUUAGGGUUAAACGCAAUGACAUUGAUCUGCCGAUGUGCAUCGAGAAGUUCAACGUACAUAGAGACAAGAUUAUCAGAACGCAGGAUUCCCAAAACAUGGGGGCGAAAUAUCUAAACGAAUUAGAUCUGGGCUCCAGGGAGGAAUGUUUGCAUCUGUGCUGUGAGACUGAGAAUUGUGAUGUUUUUGUUUUCGAAGAAAAGAACUCCGGUAGUUGCUACUUGUUCCAGUGUGGUCCGCCAGAAGACUUCAAGUGCAAAUUUACCCAUCACGUGAAUUACUCGAGCGCUAUAUUGUCUAUAAAUAGGCACUUGCCCGAUUUAGAAAGCCAAAUAAAGCUUACGAAGCACGAACAAGAUUUGAACAAACUAAGGAAAUCCGAUAUGGAACCAGAAGCUCCGGCGCAUUUGGUACCGGACGUUCGAACAACACCUUCAACCACAACCACAACGAUUUCACCUAUCAGGGAGAUAAUUCCCAUAACCAAGAAUUCUAAAGUCACCGCAGAAGAUCCAAAAUGUACUCGUUUUCAAUUUGAAUGUCGUUCAACCCGAGAGUGUAUCGCUAUCUACAACGCCUGUGAUGGAAUCCCCCAAUGCGCCGAUGGAAGUGACGAAGGUCCAGAAUUAGGAUGCCCGGAAUCUUCCAUAACCACAGCUACAGCUCUUCCUGUUGUACAUGUCAAUAAUGUGCCUAUACAACCUCUACUUCAAGUCAGAUAUGACGCUAAUAUUCAACAACCGCAGCUUCCCAUCCCCCAACAAAACAUGUACCUGCAACAACCCCAACUUCCCCGUGACCAGCCCCCAAUCCUCACACCAUCCAUCCAGCGCAAUUCCCCCGAAACAGCUGAUUACAUGCAUUCGAGCGGAAGCAUGAACGUCAACCCCAGAUUGCAGUACGAGUCCCCCCUUCAACCGUACGUGCCCCAAUUACCGGCCAUGCAAGGACAACCCAAUUGGAUCGGACAUCAAUCAAAUCAGAUGCCUCCACAGAUUCCUCAGUAUGCUGAUAAAGCCAGUCGCAUAUUCAAUCAUAAGGAGAGCGGUUUUCAAGUGCCUGAUGGACAAGAGAUCAGGUAUAAUAAAUAUAAAGGGGCUAUGCAGUAUCUGCAUCGUGCCCUUGGAUAUUCAAGCGCUAGUCUUAAUACCGCAGGUUCUGGUUCUGCAGCCUAUCCAAAAGGCGGAAAUUACUACCCGGAAAACACUUACAGACAACCAAUUCAACAAGAAAAUUGGCCAUCAGAUGAUGGUAUUUAUGAACAACGCAGUGCACAGGAGAAUAUCCAAAAUAGAGAUCAAAAGAUAGACUACAAAGCUAAUUUAGGAAGGCAACAAAUAUCAAACACUGUAAGAAACGAUGAAGGAACGAAUCCUAAACACGUUCAGGAACAACUGGCCCACGACCUGAAACAUUCUAAGGAAAACAUGGAACACGCCAAAAUUGACAACAGUAAAGUGAAGAUAACGAAGCACUCACACCACGAAGAAGAGCAGUACCCGGACGUAGUGGCUUACAAAUUAAGUGGAGCUGAUGAUCUAGAGGACGGAAUGGCGCAUACGCAGAAAGGUGCAGUUCUAUCUGUAUCGCUUGGCUUAAUCAUAACAUUUAUAAUGGCCGUCUUGAUUGGAUGCAGAUUGAAGGUGGUCCGAAGAAGAAUAAGAAAAAAUGGCAAAUCAUACGCUCACGACGCUGAUUUCUUGGUUAAUGGAAUGUACUUGUAAACGUCUACUAAACAAGUUCCCACCGUAGUUUAAAAAAAAUUAUGUUUUUGCUAUAAUCAUUUUUUAAUGUUUACAGUUUUUAUGACUGCUAAUCUAAUUUGUGCAUAAGUUAUAGUCAAAGCCUGAAUUUCAGGCACUCCUAGUUUUGACUAGGCAAGGCAAUCCUCAGGUCUCACUGACGGUCUUAGUCAAAGCCCGAAAUAAAUUACAGUUUCGGCUUUUGACUAGUCAAACCCCGACCAGCUAUUAAAAUGUAAUUUGUUAGAUUAGGUUUAAUAAAACGUCAUUUUUUAAUUUUAAUGUAAAUAAAAAAAAUAUGUGUUUAUUUUCACAUGUUGAGGUAUUAUAGCAUUUAGAGUUGCACAAUACGUUAGACCUUUUACACUUACAUAAUUUUGAAGAGCAUUUCUUAUUGCAGUAGCACUUUGCCUGGUCUUCCAAAUUUAGAAUCUUGUGUACUAUUUUCUCUUAGAGACAGCUUUACAUCUGGAACAUCCUCUAAAUUAACAUCCUCUUUGCAUUCUCUUAUUUGAUUUCUUGAAAAAAGUGUGGUUUUAUCUUGUAUGAUACCUACCCACAAUAUUUCGAGCAUCUCCUUUGGCUCUAUCAAAGCUGGGGAUAUGUAUUGUUAGUUUUUCCGAUCGAAAUUGGAGGAAAUUUUUUUCACUUAAUUGUUUCAUGGCAUUAGUCUGAGCAUGAAGACCUUCAAUCGUCUUUCCUUUAUUUAUUUUAAUCUUUUCUGUCUGUGCACAACGCAUGCAUGUAACUUUUCUUUGGUUUGACUAUAUACUUGGCCAAACCAAAUUACGUGUAAAUAAUAAUCAAACUCCGUUCACUCAACUCAGAUACAUUUUGAUAGAUUCAGAAUUCAGAGUAGAAAACGUACAACACAAAAUUUCCUACCUCACAAUAUUAACAGCUCAAAUAAAGUUUCAUUAAAAAAAGAAGGAUUAUUGGAAAUAUUGGGAGUGUAUACUAAACUCAUACAAUUCUGUGGAAUCUAUUUCCUCAAAAUAUUUUUAUUCUGUGUAAAAAAUUUAAUAUUUUUAAAUAUUUAGGUAAUGUUAAAUAAUUUUCUCAUUUGUUAUGGUGUAAACAAAUUCUAAUUAUUUAAAAAACUGUAACAAUAAGGGAAGGUGGGGGAAUACCGCGCCCUUAAGCGGAAAAGGUGAUUACGAGCAACUAAAACUGAUUUUGAAAAUAAAAUUUGCAUUGGCCUGUUGGCUAUGGUAUUGGCCAAAAAUUGGCUAUGCUCAAUUUAUUUCUAUUCAAACAGCUUAAUAAUACUAAUAUUUUUUCUAUACUAGUGCAUUUGCGCGAUAUUCCCCACCCGUGGGGUAAUUUCGCGCACAGAGAGGGGUAAUAUCGCGCGUUAAAAAUGUAUGAUAGAUUCUAUGAUAUUUAUGUAAAUACGUAUUAAAAAAUACAAAAUAUUUGCAAACUGUUUAAAUCAAUUUUUUAAACAAACAAAAAACUUAAAUCUUUAAUUAAAACUGAGCAAAAAACUUAUUGUCUACUUUGAUAAACAAUUAUUGGUAAUAUAAAAAAAUAAAUUAAUAACAUAAGCUAAAAAAGGCCCAAAUAAAAGCCAUUAAUCAACAAAAUCUAUGUAAAGUGAAAAAAUAAAAAAAUAAAGUAUUAUAAAUAUUUUGCCACAUAACUCAACACGGGUAAAAACCGCGCGGUAUUACCCCUCACGUAUAUUUUUCAAACAAUAAUAAAUAUAAAAAAGUGGGGUAAUUAAUGUAAGAUAAAUUAUGGUUAAACAAAGGCUAAAACACCAUAGAUUUACACAAACUCAAAAACAACUAAAUAAUUUAAACACAUUGGCUUACCUUGCUUAUUUUGUCGUAGCAAAAUAUUAUUACGGCCACAUUGCAAACAGAUAAACGCAUAUUAGCACCACGGGUGGGAACUUUACAGAAUCUGCAAUAACCGACAAUAUUUGGUUGGUUGACCGCUAGAGAUCAGCACUAGCCGAAAUUUUAUAAUUUGAUAGAGCCAAAGGAGAUGCUCGAAAUAUUUUGAGUAACAUACAAGAUAAAAUAACUGACGGUUUAUAUACGGAAUACGGAACAAUAAACACACUUUUUUCAAGAAAUCAAAUAAGAGAAUGCAAAGAGAAAUUUCCUAAUUUCGAAGAUGUUCCAAACGUUAAGCUGGCUCUAAGAGAAAUUAGUAUAAAAGAUUCUAAAUUUGGAGGAAAAGGCUUUAUAAAAUGCUAGUGCAAUAAGUAUUUCUCUUAAAAAUUAUGUAAGUGUAAAAGGUCUAACGCAUUGUGCAACUCUAAAUGCCAUAAUGCCUCGACAUGUGAGAAUACACACAAUUUUUUUAUUUUAAUUACGACUAUAUAAAAAUAAUAAACAUUAAAAUUAAAAAAUGACGUUUUAUUAAACCUAAUCUAACAAAUUACAUUUCAAUAGCUGAUCGGGGUUUGGCUAGUCAAACCCCGAUUUCACAAAAUUGAAUUUCGACCUUUGCCUGACCAACUUAGCCUCUCCUAGGUUUGACUAGUCAAAGGCCGAAACUGUAAUUUAUUUCGGGCUUUGACUAAGACCGUCAGUCAGACCUGAGGAUUGCCUAGCCAAACAUAGGAGUGCCUGAAAUUCGGGCUUUGACUAUAACAUAUACAGAAAGCUGGGAUCCAACAGAACUCCUUGAGAAAUAGUGUGUGUGUUUUGUGUUUUAUUGGCACUGGUUUUCACAACCACCCGGCCAGUCAAUUUCAUAAUGAUUUUUUAGACUAUAACUUAUCACUAACUCAGGGGAGUAAUGUGUAGUGUGUGUGUUGAGUAGGUCUUGUUACUUUGCAAAGUCGACGUCAUUGUCUUUGCAAAGAGACGCUAAUUGUAUCCGAACGUCUGCGGUCCUUCCGGUUAGUACCGAUCCCACAAGGACAGAAACUAUUUUCAUUUAUUAAUUUAUAAUAAACGAAAAAUUUCUGACCCUGGUGAGAUUCGAACUCACGACCAUUCGGACCUUUCGAUCCAAAGGUCCAAAACUUACCACUGAGCCACAGAGAAAAGACCUGCAUCAACGCAAUUUGAAAUAGCGUUAUUUCCCUCAGAAUUUUUGAUUUAUGGCCGAUUGAACCCUCUAUUUAUACAAACCCAUCGUUUGUUGGUAAAUGAGCACGGUUCAAAGAGACCCUUCCAACUCGGCUAACGGCUGGUACGGUCAGUGCCGUGGUAAUUUUGUGGUCUAACGCUAUGUUGGGAUUUUUAUCAUUGUAUGAAUUAACUAACUUACUAAAAUGUCUACCGCCAACACUGGUUGUGUACCAUCGAUACUCUAGGGGAAAAGCAUGGUCCGACCGAUUUUAUCAAAAAGUAAAUAUUUAUUAAUUUCACAGUAACGUGGGUUGCCAACCGUGUUCUCUUUGCUUUUCACUAUUAUAUAUUUUCUAUUUCUCUUUGCCGACGUGAACUAGUGAAGCGUGCCACGCCACACUCCAUUGGAUAUGGGAUCCCGGCUUGAGAGAACGGUAAAGAUUAAAGAGGGACUUUGAUUUAGUAUUUUAUAUUCAAAGGGCCUAGCCGGAUAAGAUGAUGAAAAAUGUCCCCAACUUGAUUCGAAUUCCAUAUAAGUAACUGUAUAGCACAUAUAGAGAAACUCACUUUCUAAAAUUUUUAGCCCCCUACGUGGCUAAAUCCCAAUUAUUUUUCAGUUUUUUUACCUAUCCUAGUGACGGUGUUCCCUUUUUUGAAACACACUGUAUAAAAUUGUAUCAAAAAGCGAAACAAUGCGGUUUUUAUUUUUAAAAGUACGUUUCACCAAUUUUAAAAAUCUGAAAAAAUUCAGGGUGAAAUAUAAUGCAAAAAUACACGUUAUAUAUUUUUUUGGUAAGAACGAAUGUCUUAGUUAUUUUUGAUACUCAUUUAAAAUUUUUAAAUUCGCUCUAAUUCGCCGUUAAGAUAGGCAAAAUGCCCUCACUCCCAGAAUUCAAUUUUUUUACGUUCUAUGCGAUUAAAAAAUGAGAUUAUGCGGAUU